AUGCUGCAAACACUUCGUCUAACGCAUCAAGUUCGACGGGCACUAGACCAGCCCAUUUCCAAGCCCUUCACCCGCCUUGACAGAGGCACCUGGCUUCACGACCGCCCAGAGAAGGACGUAUACAGGCUGCUUAUUGAUGCCUACCGCCUCCGUGUCGAAGACACUUACACCAUGGACGGCGAAUUGUUGGAGGGCAGCAUCUACGCCGGCCAUCCUGACGGGCUUGAGGGCUUCCAGGACUUGUUGAUGGACGCUGAAGAGAUUCCUGGCCUGCUGCCGCCCUGGUGGAACGACGACAAGGCUGCGGCCUGCCAGCAGUUUGGAAUAGACGACGAAUGGUCGGAUCUGCGGUGCGCUGUUGAGAAGAGCGAUAUUAUCGAGCAUUACGGGGAUCCUCAGUUCCCGAUGCAGUUGCGCAUGCUGGCGGAGACAAUCUAUCAGCGAGGACCUGGUGGGAGCGAUGGAACGGGGAUGCGAAAGAUGAUGGUGGCGAUGGAGGGGGGUGAAUUGGGGGGAGACACGUACGGCUCUAUUGUUGACAUGACGACCAUGGGGCGCUCUGAUAUCUAUAACGCGGCCAAUCAUUAG